CCCCGGCCCUGUAGCUGAGCUCCGCGCUGUUUGUCCUCUCCGGCUCGCCGUCAGUCACACACGGCGGGACAGACUUGAAGUGAGGAACUGAAAAAAGUGUCACAACAACGUAGCAUGCGGCUUUAUCCUGUUGUUUGGAGACGCGGGAUGUGUUAAUUAACUUCACUACUUACACGAGUUUCACCGGGUUGAAGAUGUGCUCUCUGGCGCUGUUUCCUCCUCCGCUGCCCUCCGGACAGACCACUCUGUGCGAGUCCAACAACGAGCUGCUGUCCAGGACCAGGACCAGCACCGAGGACCUGCAUAAACAGGAGUCCAGUCCUCUGAGUUUGUAUUUCCCCCGAGAGUCUCUGAAGCUCCACAGCCGCACAGAAAGCAGCAGCAAGGCGGCUUUCCUGGACCACUCUGAGACUCUGUGGAUGAGGAGUGCAGCAGCGUGGCGGGAUGGAGGAUUCACAGGGCUUCUCAAUGAAAUUACCAACUCGCAUGCAGAGGUGCCUCCGUGGCUGUCAGUGAGCUCUGGUUGUAUCCUGGCGUUGCUCCGAAAGGUCUCCUCCUUUCACGGCUCUCUGUUUCCUCACCUCACAGUAAGUU